GACACAUGUCUACCGACCGACGGAUCUCACCGCGGUGGCCAAGAGCAGUGCUAUCUUGCGGGACUGCAUUGAAAGCCGUCAUCAAUACAACUGCCGACAACAGAAGAUCAGAGCAGGGAGUACGGUAUCUGCUGUGGAAGAUGACGCCAAGGAGACAACGACUAGUACUAAAGCUAAUAAACGUACCUGUACCAUUUGUCCUUCGUGCAAUGUCGAGCAGCGACUAGUAGACGUCAGCGAUCCGAGAAUCCUCGAAACUGGGGAGACCUUUCCGUACCAAUGGAAAGCAGAUCUACGCGGACGUGCAUCCUUUUCGGUGAUUGUGAGUAUGAACGUACCCCUGUGCCGGCUGCUGACUCGUAUGUUAAGCCCAGUGUAUCACUAUCCCAUGUGGGCUAAGCUUAGUGGGCCCCCCUUGAUUCAAAGGGAGAACCUCCAAGGGGGAAAAAGGGCAGCUCACUGAACUGCGGAUAGUGAAAAACUACCUUUAAGUAUGGGUUUGGAUGGCGCUCUUCGUGCUGU